UUCAUAUGGCGCAGUGCUCGCUAAGCCUCUUAGGAAUCACGUCCACAGCAGAUGCAGGGAGAAUGCCAAUCAGCGGCUCCUGCUGAGCUCACAAACCCGGCGGCUGCGCCAGUGUGCGCCUCAAUUCUGCGCCACCACGCGUCGCGUGAACCAAAUGUUGUUUGUGGCGCUUGAGUUCGUUUUUAUUUCGCGGUAAACAACGUGAAGGUGCAGCAGAAACACGUGAUCGGUGGAGGAUGGAGCGCGCAGGGAGUCUCCGGCGGCUCUGAGGCGUCAGGCGACUUGAAAUAAAUCCUUCCACGGAGCGAAGGGAGAGUGAACCAUGCUCCCGCAGGAUGUUGGGAGGCUGCAGAAGCCGCGCCGCGUGUCCGACCCAGUGUACGGGGGAGACGGUCCUCCGAUCCCGCCUCGGCGCUUCAAGAACCGCGACUUCCCGCUGAGCGCGCUGCGCCGGCGCUCCGGUUCCGCACCUGAGCGCAAGGUGAACUGCGUCCUGGUCGGAGACGGAGCGGUGGGCAAGACCAGCCUCAUCGUGAGCUACACCACCAACGGAUACCCGACAGACUAUGUUCCCACCGCGUUCGACAACUUCACAGUGAUGGUGGAGGUUGACGGGAGACCAGUGAGGCUGCAGCUCUGUGACAUGGCCGGACAGAAAUGGGGGCUGGUCGAUGGAUCAAUCAAU